CCUGUCUCGACAUUAAUAUGAAAGAGAAAGAUUUGCUCACAAAUUUCCUUGUAGGAAAUGAGCUACACGAUGUCGUGACUCUAAAUCAGUUCAUUCAGUUUUUCCCUAGUCAGUAUCGCUCGCACCCAGAAGUGAAGGACCUCUAUCGAACCUACCUAAAUGCACGGCAUCAAACUAGGACAAAGGUCCGUAAGAAUAUCGACAUUGAGGUCAGACGGAAUCCCCUUUUAUUAGAUUCAAACAGUGGACAUGAUGUGGACACCUCCAAGACACUAAGACUGCAUGAUAAUGGGGAUAUAGACAGGGGUAUCUCCACAGAUGAUGAUGUGGACAUAGAGGAUGUGGAUAAGCACCUAACCCUGGACCAGGCGAUUCAAGAGCUGAUUCAAGCAGAGAAGAUCUACAAACGAGAGAUCACGCAAUUGGAGCAAGAAUGUAAUGAUUUUGCAGAGGAAUUUCAAAAGCUUGACAGGGAGAUGGAAGGGGUUCAAGUCCCUGGACAUCAUUUAAAUAGCCUACGCGAGGAAUCCCUUAUGAAAGACAUUCAGAAAUUGAUUCAAUUAUGUGACUCAAUCACAGACAAAAUCCCAACAGAUUCUUCAAUGGAUUAAGGACCUUUUAUGUAGAGCCAUUUUUAUCCCUUUUUGUUUGUAUUUCUAUCCAAUAUUACCAUGUAUUUUAGUAUAAAUAAAAAAAUAAAAAAAUAAAAAGUCCGUGGUUAUGGACAUGG